UUAAUUAACUGUCAUCAGUUUACAGGAAAACUUUCUACGGCGGAGUCGUUUCUAAGUCGCAUUUUUAGACACUCGAUUUGAAAACAGUUUUCAGCAAUUGGUACUUUUACCAAGGUUAUCGAUUUUCAAAGGGCUUCCACCUACCUUGCGAGUAACGAAAGCAUUGCACCCAGACACCUCGAAGAUCACAACAGAAUGUCGCAAUUGAACAACUUGUCGAUUGCCGUAAUAUGCUCCUCAAAUAUGAAUCGGUCAAUGGAAGCCCACGGGUUUCUGUCGAAGAAGGGCUUUAAGGUUAAGUCAUUCGGCACAGGGGAAAAGGUCAAGCUGCCAGGCACGGCGAUCGACAAACCAAAUAUUUAUGAAUUCGGGACGCCAUACGAUGAAAUCUACAACGAUCUCAGCAACAAGGACAAACAAUACUACACCCAAAACGGAUUAUUGCACAUGCUGGAUAGAAAUCGUCGAAUAAAACGAUGCCCUGAACGUUUUCAAACCUGUAAAGAACGUUUCGACAUCAUUGUGACCGUAGAAGAGAGGGUUUAUGAUCAGGUUAUCGACUUCAUGGAAUCUCAAGAGCCAGUUUACAAUCAGCCUGUUCACCUCAUCAAUUUAGAAGUUCAAGACAAUCAUGAAGACGCCACAAUAGGAGCUUUUUUAAUUUGUGAUAUGAUUACAAUGCUUUCAAAAUCAGAUGAUCUGGAUAAUGAUAUUGAUGAAUUACUUCAUGAUUUCGAGAGUACACGACAGCGGGCUGUUUUGCAUAGCAUUUUAUUUUAUUAAUAUGCAAUGAUAAAGUGUAAAUACAAAUAAUCUUAACAUUUAUAACUUAUACGAAGCAUAUUAAGUAUGUUUAUAAAGUAAGAAAAAUAAUAAUUGAAAUAUUGUAAAAUCGAA